AACGCAUCUCCAAACGCAGACGCCGAAGAAAAUUCCGAAGGAAGAAAGCUUGAGGCAGCCACGGCAAUGGCGUCCCGCCGGUUCUUCGUCUACGACCCCUACGAGUACGAGUACACCACAGCCCCGCACUACCUCUACGAGCCAUACUAUCAGCCCCAGUCCGUGCCCACCCGCAGCCGCAGAGCCAGGGGCAUCUUUGCGGGCGCGGGCGCCGAGUCGGCGGCCGCGGAAGCGAGACGCGCGCCCAGGGAAAGGGAGACGCACACGUCGUUCUCGAUCCCAGUCCACGGGUCCGACUCGGAUUCCGAGCCGGAGAGGGAGCGAAAGGCGGCGGGGUCUCGCGCGAGACCGAUGGCGCCGCCGGCGAUGUCGGCGGAGAAGGCCGCGGCGAGGAUGCAGGCGGCGGCGCGCGGGCUCCUGGCAAGGAAGUCGGUGCGGGCGGUGCGCCAGGUGGAGCGGGAGGCGGAGCAAGUCCGGGCGAAGAUUGCGUGCGAGGAGGAGUCCCCGCUGGCGGAACCCAGCGCGCGCGUCGCCGUCUGGGAGGCGCUGAUGAGGAUGCUGCUGCGUCUCGACACGGUGCGCGGCGCGCGGGAUUACCGGAGGCGGGUCACCAAGCGGGUCCUCGCGCUGCAGGACGCCGUCGACGCGCUCGAGACCAAGCCGGCGCCGGCAACCGUGUCUGUGGCGGAGGAGACACCCGAGGCGGCGGCCGUCGAGGUGGCGGAGGAGAGCGCGGUCGUAGCGCCGAAGCUGCCAGACGCUGUACAGGAAAAGGAAGCGGUGGACGAGCCAGAGGGUUCGGAGGCAGAGGGCGAGUUGGAGAUGUUGGCUGAGGAACACGAACACACCUCACCCGUGGCAACCACGUCCGACGACCAGGAGCCACCGCGCAAGGAACCAGCGUGCCCGUUGGAGACAACGACGGCUGCAGCUGCCGGCGCCGCCUCCGACGGCGUGGACGCGAGGAAGCUGAUGCAGAUGGUGGCGGCGUUGUGCGAGCAGAGCGCGCAGCAGUGCGCGCUGAUCGGCACGCUGGUCGAGCGUGUGGACGCGCUGGAGCGUAACGUGCGGGUGCGGCUGAUGGAAGACGCCGGGAGCGCCGGCGGCGGGCCAAGAAGCUGAGCCAGCAAGCUUUACAGCGAUUGACGACGAAAGCCAAUAAUAGAGAUUUAAAUAGUUCUGUAUUUUUUUCAUUGCGUAUAAUCCCUGGAUUUACUAUUCCAGGCACUAGAUUGUUUAUAUUCUUUUUCUUUAUUUUAUAAUAAUGGAGUUCUUCGUAGUUCCUGUUUUUUUUUCGGCGCCUUUUGAACUCUUGAUAAGACGUCGCUCAGAGAACGCGUUUAUCUAUCCUCUCCAUAAGUGCUCGUCGGCCUCUGAAGUUUGAUUUUGGUCAAGAGGUUUACUGCAUGUUAAGCUAUGAUAAGUGUUUGCAAAAGUUCAAUCGAAUUGAUAUGUAGUUGGACC